CACCACGUGACUCUCAAUAAAAAUCCAUGGCGGCGCACUGUUCUGCACGACUAGCAACAAGAGCGGCAGGCUUGGGUGGUUUUCUGCAGAGAGCUUGCCGUUUAAGAAACUCUGGCCCCCCCACAGCCCUACUGUGUCAGCAACAUCGGCACCUCUUCUGGAGGAAGUGGAAAAGUUCUCAAAAUGUAGUUCACCCAGCUACUGUUCGGCCUGCCUAUGCAGUACCUAAGCACAUUGUGCAGCCUGGCUAUGUAACAAGUGGGAUUGUCCCAGAAUGGCCAGACUACCUAGAAAUCAAAGACCAAGAGCAGAUCGACAGCCUCGCCAGAGCGUGUCAGUUAGCCAGACAAGUACUGCUACUAGCUGGACGCAGCUUGAGGGUAGGUAUGACAACAGAUGAUAUAGACUUCAUUGUGCACCAAGAGACUAUCAAGCACAACGCCUACCCAUCCCCUCUGAGAUACGGGGGUUUUCCCAAGUCAGUCUGUACGUCUGUGAACAACGUGAUCUGCCACGGGAUACCUGACAGUCGGCAACUUGAGGACGGAGAUAUCAUCAACGUUGAUGUCACUGUGUAUCUAGAUGGUUACCAUGGUGACACCUCAGAGACCUUCUUGAUUGGCCAGGUGGACGAGGUCGGGCAGCGAUUGGUGGAAACAGCCAGGCGCUGCCGAGACGAAGCCAUCACUGCCUGCAGGCCGGGUGCACAGCUCUGUGUUAUAGGAAACACUAUCAGUGAAAUUGCGCUGGCCAGUGGCUUCCGUGUGUGCCCUUUUUUCAUUGGUCAUGGAAUAGGUUCCUACUUUCAUUGCCAUCCUGAGAUUUGGCACCAUGCAAACGACAAUGAUAUGAUCAUGGAUGAAGGGAUGUCUUUCACAAUAGAGCCCAUACUGAUGGAGGGCUCUUCAGAGUUCAGGAUCCUGAGGGACAAGUGGACCGCAGUGUCUACAGACAAUAAAAGGUCGGCUCAGUUUGAGCACACGGUGGUCAUCACAUCUGACGGGGUGGAUAUUCUCACCAAACUGCCAGAAGAGAGGAAUCUAGAAUUGAAUAAAUGAGACUGCUCACGCCAACAAGUUAGAAAUCUAUUUACCUCGAAAAAAGCAAGACAGUUACCGUUUCUACCUGUAAAAUGUAUAAAAAAUAUAUUUUUUAUUAUUUUGCUUAUAUUUAUUAACUAGGGGCAACACAUACAGUAUCUGUAUUUUCAGUUAUACUGAGUUGUUUUUUCCCCCUAGAAGAUUGUAGCGUAUACAGAGAAAAAGCAGUUGCUGGUGCAUCGUGUAACUGUAGUAGAGAUCUAUGCAUGUCCUGAGUGUUAGUGCUGUCACUUUAAGAAACCCCAAUGUCAGUCUGUUCUUUUGCUAACCCAUCAGCAGCUGACCAGCUGAUACAUUGAACAAUGGAAGUUGAUAAUGAUUUGUGACAAUUUGGAGGGACUUUUAAAUGGAAACAACCCAAGUAAUUCCUUGGUAUUUUAGAUUAUCAAGGUCCUUAAUCCAAAUUCUCCCAUCCACUUAAGAAAUAAAAGACUUGCCAUCAACCAAA